AUGGCCGAGCAGAUCACACACAAACGCCCGUUGCGAAUCAAAGUGGACAAGGAAAGAAGGAAACAAUUGCAUGACUUUUACAAGUUGAAGGAAACAGCGGAAGCUGGAUCAGAAGUGGACGCCAAGGAUGAGUCUGAAGUUGAGACGGACAGCAUUGAUACAGAGACAACGGAUCAGCAUGGUGUGAGGUUGCCGAAGGUGAGUGAGGCUCGAUUGGCUCAGCUGGUUCACGCCCAUAACGAGCUUUCCAGUCAGAAAGCCGCAAUGAACAACACUGUGAAAAAUACCAUCUACGAAAACUACUACGACCUCAUAAAAGUGAACGAAUUGCUGCACAGCGUUAGCGUAGGAGAAAACGAACAUCUGGAGAAGCUGAAACAGGUGCUUAAGAUGCUAGAAGGAUGA